AUGGCACCAAGAAAGAUUAUUAUAGAUACCGACCCAGGCGCCGACGAUGUUAUAGCUAUGCUUCUCGCCCUGGCCUCCUCGCCCGACGAGCUAGAAGUGCUGAUGAUUUCGGUGACUUAUGGUAAUGUGGUUCUAGAGGGCUGCUUGCGAAAUGUAGUCAGCAUGUUCCACGUUCUCGACCAGGAGAUGGAGUGGCGCAAGUCUAAAGGGAAAUCAUUAGGCUAUGAGGUUCUACGAACUUAUAAACCUAUUGUUGCUGUCGGCCCUGAGCAUGCUCUGGAAGAUGAGAUUUUAAUGGCAGAUGAUUUUCAUGGAGCUGACGGCUUACACGGUGUUCACGAAGCUCAACCUCACUUAUCACCGGCUGAUACUUGGAAAGCUCUUUUCAAGGAUGGACUUGAGGGAAAUGCCGAGGAUCCCUCAUAUUUAAAAUAUUUCACGCCGUCGAAAACGCCAGCACAUAAAGAGAUCCUGAGAAUCCUGAAGGAGGAGCCUGCUGAUACGGUCUCAAUAUGCGUCCUGGGCCCAUUAACUAAUCUAGCUCUAGCUGCUUCGGAAGACCCCGAAACUUUUCUCAAGGUCAAGGAGGUGGCUGUUAUGGGUGGGGCUAUAGAGUGCGAGGGCAACGUAACGCCAGUUGCUGAAUUCAACACCUAUGCCGAUGCCGUUGCUGCCGCUCGAGUGUUCGCUUUGACGUCACCGAACCCGGCUUCCACUAUGCCACCCGUACCCAAGGACAAGGCAACUCUACCGCCGUAUCCUGAAAAGCUUUCACGGCCCCUGAACUUGAGUCUGUUCCCACUUGAUAUUACUACACCUCAUCUCCUAAACCUAGGCUUCUUUCUGGAGAAGAUUGAACCGCAGCUCGCCGGCAAUAGCCCGUUAGGAGUAUGGAUAAACACUUUCAUGACUGGCAUAUUCCGUCAAAUUACCUCCAUCCUCGGUCCUGAGGUGGAACCGGGCCUAUCGCUUCAUGACCCUUUAACCGUCUGGUACAUGCUCACAGGAUCUGAUCCAGCGUGGAAGCUGGCAAAGAAUGCGCCAGAAGAUAUCCGUAUUGAGACCUCGGGACAGUGGACUCACGGAAUGCACGUUUCGGAUCGUCGCGGUAGAGCACGGCCCGACGGUGUGACGACUUUUGAGGUCCCUAGGGAUGAACAUGGCUGGCUCAGCUUGGUGAGGGGCAAUAGAAUAAACAGAUACGUUAGCAGUCCAGGCGAGAUGGAAUUUGCGCCAUUCCUAAUGGAGCGUCUGUUCGGGCGAAGAAGAUAG